AUGUCCAACGACAAAUACGCCACACCGUUGUCCUCUCGUUACGCAUCUGAAGAGAUGUCCCAUGUCUUUUCGUUGCGCAACAGAUUCUCCACGUGGAGAAAGCUGUGGUUGAACUUGGCCAUUGCUGAGCGCGAGUUGGGUCUUGACGUGAUCACGGAGGAGGCGAUCGAGCAGAUGAAGCAGCACUUGCAGAUCACGGACGAGGAGAUCAAGCUGGCUUCGAUUGAGGAGGCCAAGGUCAGACACGACGUCAUGGCCCAUGUCCACACAUUCGGUGACACUUGUCCAAGCGCAUCUGGUAUCAUCCACCUGGGUGCCACCUCAUGCUUCGUUACUGAUAACGCCGAUCUGAUCUUCCUCAGAGAUGCGUACGACAUUGUGAUCCCAAAGCUGGUGAACGUUAUCGACAGAUUGUCCAAGUUUGCUGAGGAGUACAAGGACUUGCCAGUGCUUGGAUGGACCCAUUUCCAACCAGCUCAGCUGACCACUGUGGGCAAGAGAGCUACUCUUUGGAUCCAGGAGCUGCUCUGGGACUUGAGAAACUUUGUCCGUGCCAGAAACGACAUUGGUCUCAGAGGUGUCAAGGGAACCACCGGUACACAGGCCUCUUUCCUCGCUUUAUUCCACGGUGAUCACGACAAGGUUGAGGCCUUGGACAAGCGUGUCACUGAGCUCUUGGGCUUCGACACAGUUUACCCUGUGACUGGUCAGACCUACUCCAGAAAGAUCGAUAUCGAUGUCUUGUCCCCAUUGUCGUCGUUUGCGGCAACUGCCCAUAAGAUGGCUACCGAUAUCCGUCUCUUGGCCAACUUGAAGGAGAUUGAAGAGCCAUUUGAGAAGUCCCAAAUCGGUUCAUCUGCGAUGGCCUACAAGCGUAACCCUAUGAGAUGUGAACGUGUCUGUUCCCUUGCAAGACACUUGGGCUCGUUGUACAACGAUGCCGUUCAAACUGCCAGUGUCCAGUGGUUUGAGAGAACCUUGGAUGACUCCGCAAUCAGACGUAUCUCCCUGCCAAGUGCGUUCCUCACGACUGAUAUCCUCUUGUCAACCUUGUUGAACAUCACCUCCGGACUCGUUGUGUAUCCAAAGGUGAUUGAGAGAAGAAUCAAGGGUGAACUGCCAUUCAUGGCCACCGAGAACAUCAUCAUGGCCAUGGUUGAGAAGGGUGCUUCCAGACAGGACGUCCACGAGGAGAUCAGAGUGCUGUCCCACCAAGCUGCCGCUGUGGUUAAGCAGGAGGGAGGUGACAACGAUUUGAUUGAGAGAAUCAAGAAGACCGAGUUCUUUGCACCAAUCCACAGUGAGCUGGAUUCUUUGUUGGACCCAUCUACGUUUGUCGGUAGAGCUCCACAGCAGGUUGAGAAGUUCCUGGCCAACGACGUUAAGAAGGCGCUGGAGCCAUUCAAGGACUCCAUCACUUCUGAGGAGGUGAAGCUGUCCGUCUGA